AUGAAAAAAGAAACUACCCAAGAAAUAAUUGAACGCAUAAAUAAGGAAAGACAGGAAAAAAGAUUGAAAACCAAACCCAAGCCGACCUUACUGGGAGUUGAUUCUCCUCCCCCUAAACAAAAAAAACAAUUAGAAAAAAUAAUUACUGAAAACAAACCUUCUACUCUUCUAACAGAAAUAGAAAAAAACUUAAAAAACAUUCACUGCGAAAAGUGUAAUGAACCUGUUCCCGAACAUCUGUUAAGAGGAAUGUUUUAUAAGAUAAUAGUGGAUAGCAAAGCAGUUUUUAAAUUGCUUAUUACCGGCAAAAGUGUGGCAGAAGCCUUUAAUCCUGAAAAUGAAGAAAAAGAACAUUUUUUUGAGGGAUUUAAAGAAGUAAAAGAUGAGAAAAAGGGAGUGGUUAAGCCGGUUCCUAUUCUUUUAUACCAAUGCCCGGAAAGAGAGGAUGAAAAUAGUUUCAUUUUAGAUCUAAUUGAAGACAAUCCUUAUCGUCAUAAAAGAGGAUUAUUUGAAAAGAAAGAGGAAAUGUUUAUUAGCGAACGACCUCAAAUGUUUUACAAUGGUAAAGAAAUCUAUCCUUUUGAACCAAAAAUGGUUAUUAAAGAAUGUAUCUAUGCUAAACUAAAAAGAAACGAUCAGAAAUUUUAUUUCUUCCGCAAGGCCAAAGAAGAGGAAGCAAAUAUUCCAGAAGAUAUAGUUCAUUUUUGUUCUACUAGCAAAGAAUAUCAUGAAAGCACUUAUACUAAUAAGAUGUUAGUAGAAGGAGAAGAAUUAAAAAAAUGA